GUCAGGGAAGCGCUCGAGCUGCUGAGUUCACACACGGAGCGUGUGAGAGGCAGCGCGUGCACCUCAGCCUCCGCUUCACCGCCACCGGGACCGGAGCCGCUCGCGCCGUGUGUAGGAGGAGUUGUUGUUGUUGUUGUUUGUUUGUUUGUUGGUGUCAUGAGCUUCUGACAGCGGCUCCAGGCGCCGCCGGCUCCUCCUGAGCGGAACAUGAAGCGUCUCUGUCGGAAGCUGGCGGUGACCGUGGCGCUGCUGGUGUGGCUGGGAGCGCUGGUUUACCUGCUGGUGCUCAGCCGGAGGAGGCUGCCGGAGCUGGGGGCCGGGGCCGGGGCCGGGGCCGGGGCGGGAGGAGCCGGAGGAGGAGGCGGAGGAGAGACGGUCAACAACCAGAUCUCGGAGGCGGAGUGGGAGGACAUGCUGGACGGGUUCGACGAGCGGAGUUACCUGAGCGCUCGGCGCUGGAAGCCCGGCGACGACCCGUACACCCUGUACGCCUUCAACCAGAGGGAGAGCGAGCGCAUCCCCAGCAACCGAGCCCUGAGGGACACCAGACACUACAGAUGCACCACCCUUCACUACGACUCUGAUCUUCCUCCGACCUCCAUCGUCAUCACCUUCCACAACGAGGCCAGAUCCACCCUGCUGCGCACCAUCAGGAGUGUAUUGAACCGAACUCCGGUUCAUCUCAUCCAUGAAAUCAUCCUGGUGGACGACUUCAGCAUCGACGAAAGUGACUGUCAGCUUCUCAUCAAACUGCCCAAGGUCAAAUGUCUCCGCAACAACAAGAGAGAAGGUCUGAUCCGGUCCAGAGUGCGAGGGGCCGACGCUGCCAGGGCCGGGGUCCUCACCUUCCUGGACAGUCACUGUGAGGUGAACAAGGACUGGCUGCCUCCGCUGCUGCAGAGGAUCAAACAGGACCCAACCCGUGUGGUCAGCCCGGUCAUCGACAUCAUCAACAUGGACACGUUUGCCUACGUGGCGGCCUCGGCUGAUCUCCGUGGAGGUUUUGAUUGGAGUCUCCAUUUCAAGUGGGAGCAGCUGUCGCCGGAGCAACGGGCUCGUCGGCUCGACCCGACUCAGCCGAUCAAGACGCCCAUCAUCGCAGGUGGGCUCUUUGUGAUUGACAGGUCCUGGUUCAAUCACCUCGGCAAGUACGACACCGCCAUGGACAUCUGGGGCGGAGAGAACUUCGAGAUCUCGUUCCGGGUGUGGCAGUGUGGUGGCAGCCUGGAGAUCCUCCCCUGCAGCCGAGUGGGUCACGUCUUCAGGAAGAAACAUCCGUACGUCUUCCCCGAGGGAAACGCCAACACCUACAUCAAGAACACACGUCGCACAGCUGAAGUGUGGAUGGACGACUUCCGACUCUUUUACUACUCUGCUCGGCCUGCAGCUCGAGGGAAAUCCUACGGAGAUGUCCACGGACGAGUGGAGCUCCGCAAGAAGCUCAAGUGCAAAUCCUUUAAGUGGUACCUGGACAACGUUUACCCUGAGCUCAAGGUUCCAGACGACUCGGACUCUCGGUCCGGACCAAUCAGACAGAGGCAGAACUGUCUGGAGUCUCGAAGGCUGGAGGGACAGGAGCCGCCCGUCCUCACGCUGGCGCCCUGCAUCGGAACAGAGGGGGUCCCCGCCAUCAACCAGGAGUGGGUGUACACUCACGGGCAGCAGAUCCGUCAGCAGCAGCACUGUCUGUCUCUGUCCACCACCUUCCCCGCCUCCCAGGUCCUGCUGCUGCCCUGCAACAUGGCCGACGGCAAGCAGCGGUGGCAGAAGUCCGGGACCCACCUGGAGCACCUGGUGUCCCGGUUCUGUCUGGACUCGGAGAUGGCUCUGGACGGGAUGGACUCGUCGCGGAUGCUGGUCAUCAGCCCCUGUGAACUGACGGCGUACACACAGAGAUGGGAGGUGCCCUUCUCCUGACCCCCACCCCCCUUCCUCACCUUUUGACCUUUCACCUGCAAAACAAUCUGCCCUGAAGCCGGUUCUCCAGCCCGCCACCUCCAGCUCGCCACCUGCUGCUCAGACGGUGGAGGUGCACGGCUGCGUCCUGUCGAGUCGCUGCGGGGACGAGAGUCGAACAGAAGGUCGACGGACGCUUCGUCUCUUUAGAGUUAAACUGAGAAGAAAUCCAGUAGAGAACUUCAGCAGGACUCAAAUCCUGAUUCUCACAGGAUGGAGGCCGGAUCGAAACUUUGCAGAAGGAGGAGACGCAUCAGGAAAGUUUGUUUGGGUCGGAAAUUAUAUCCAUAAAGUUGAAGAGUGGAAUCAAAUGCACCUUAAAACAUUGACCUGUCAAAGACGUGAGUCGGACAGAAGCUUUGCUCGAGGGAAAAAAAGUCAAACAGAGAAUGUGUCCUGGAAUCUUUUGCAGUGAAAGUGUUUGUUGUUGAAGCAGUUUGAGAAUUUUGAAAUUAAAACCAAGCACAACUGAAAGUUUUAGUUUACUUGGUCAAAUAUCUUUAUUACAGUAACCGGACCUUCUGGUUUUGUCUUUACACUGAAGCACAAACGAUUAGCUCACCUCCUCCUGAUUUAAAACUAUGAAUUAUAAGAUUAACAACUUAAAGCCACACGUCCAACUUGACUCUCACCACAAAGUCCCAGUUUACACCAGUUUAUCAACUGGAUCAAUCAUCUGACUUGAUUAACAUCUUGAAAAAAACUCUAAAUCAAAGCUUUCCUAAAUGUUUUCACCUGUUGCAGGAUUAAGUUAAAGCGAAGCAAUGAUUCUCUAGUCUAUCCCUGAGGGUGAUCCCCCCCC